GGGGCAUCAAGAACGCGCGCAACGUCCCCAAGAUCAUGAUGGAUCCUUUGAUCCUUGCCGUGGUCCUUGACAACAACGAUCACAUCCUUGAAGGGCCUUGCAAAGCCGGCAACAUGGACCUGAUCACCGGCGUCCACCUCACCAACAGCAGGUAUCCCCAGCUAAUAGUAUCAUCCUUCGUUACGACAACGGACUAAGUAUCUGUACGCCCUAUCGGUAUCUGCUACUAGCUAGCUAGAAACAGAGUAGAUCUAUCGUACAGCGUACUGGUACCAUCUACAAGUCUACAAGGAACAAAAGAUGGGUCGCGGUAUUGGGAAUCUCCGCGUGGAUAACGUCCCUAUCUUUCUAUCUCCUCUGAUCAAGGGAUACGGUAUCGUCGGGUCUGCCUGUAUGAGCGCUAUGAUUCAAACAAUACGGGCAACCUGUCAUUGGGAAUUUGUCAAUCCAAACCACUAUUCCAAAGCCUGCAUCCAUGUCACUUGGCAUGAAAACAUUCCAACGUACAUGAGCAGCUACACGAUCGAUUCGAGCUUGCCACAAAAGCACGUUUGGUUGCAACACCCGUCCGCGUACAUGGCACCAGUCCAUGCCUUGUUGCAUCGAUACGGUGUGGAGUACAUUUUGGGCUCUAGUGGACAUGGUGGGCAGGUUGCUUUGAACCGGCUCACCGAAACAAUGUUGGCACACGAAAUGGGAUCUUCUGCCUUUUUCCCGGAUGGCCCUUCUGGUCCCGCAAAAGUUGUCAAACCAGGUGUGGUACAAUUGGCACAAGCUACUGGAUUGCCCAUGAUACCGAUACGGUAUGAGUUUUCAAAUAGCUGGCGAACAGGUUGGGAUCAAAAGCAUUUUCCCAAGCCUGGGUCCACCAUUGUGGUGCAGGAGAUGGGGCCAAUGUUUGUAAAACCAGGCGAUGACAAUUUGAAGCAAGGUGUGGCUGAACUGCAAAGGCAGCUGGAGUGAUCGAAGUAUGUAUAUUGGUUACUGGGCCACCAACUGAAGGGACUGUGGAAUACACCACAAGCUUGGUGGAUACGAUGGGUUCUCAUCCCUCAUCCAUAUUCAUUUGCUCAGACACACGAAGGGUCAUUAGGACAACUGCUGUGGUAUGACAAAUAUGACAUCAAUUUAGCCAAAUGAUGCAACCUGGCUGCGCCUCAGAGAGGAAGAUUACGAAAUCGAUUCAGUCAAUCGGUAAGGCAAAUCAUGGAUGAAUGGUUGCUCGGAUACAAGCAGCACAAAACUGCAGGCAUUGCAUUUCUGCCCCUUUUGACGCACUAGAGUAUGCACCUAUGAAUUUUAUUACUUGCCUCUCCUUUGACAGUUGCCGCCAACAAGCAAGACAUUGGCACACAAGGUGCGUGAUUUCAACUGCGACCGCAUGAAGGCUUAGUGUGUAGCAGUUUGUUCGUUCCAUUCUACUAGUAGCUAGGUUACUACCAUGGCUAGCCAGUCGCCCAUCUAUCAUUGAAAUAAAAUCCCGUUGC